GCAUUAAUUUUGUGGAGUUGUUUCAAAUAAUUUGUUUAGUGUUUUUCAAAAGCCCUGAGCUGUAACUCAUACUACUAUAUGCAGACUUAUAACACCCAAAGACCAAAGUCAUAUUACAGUAAAGCAUAGGAAGAAAAAGUCCUCCAACAAAAGAAUAGAGAGAUUGAGAAGAAAAGCAUCACAAAGAUAAAAAGAAACUUUUGGGUUUUUUUGGUCUUGAAUUUUGUAAGAUAAAUUUAGAAGAUGGCAACAUUUGGAGGAACAACUCAGAAGUGCAAAGCUUGUGAAAAAACUGUAUAUUUGGUUGAUCAACUUACAGCUGAUGGUAAAGUCUUUCACAAAGCUUGUUUCAGAUGUCAUCAUUGCAAAAGCACUCUAAAGCUUCACAAUUAUAGUUCAUUUGAAGGGGUGUUAUAUUGCAAGCCUCACUUUGCUCAGCUUUUUAAGAUGACAGGCAGUUUGGACAAAAGUUUUGAAGCUGCUCCUAGGACUGUCAGAGAUAGAUCUUAUGAGCAGGGCCAAACCAACAGCAAAGUGUCUAGCAUGUUUGGUGGUACUCAAGAGAAGUGUGUCUCCUGCAAGAAAACUGUUUACCCAAUAGAAAAGGUGGCUGUUGAUGGUGAUUCAUAUCACAAGGCGUGUUUCAGGUGCAGUCACGGAGGAUGUGUUAUAAGCCCGUCAAAUUAUGUAGCUCACGAACACCGCCUUUACUGUCGUCACCACCAUUCCCAGCUGUUUAAACAGAAGGGUAAUUUCAGUCAAUUGGCAACUCAACCUCACACUAAUGGAGCUUCGAAUGGAGUUACAAAUGGUGUCACAAACGGAGUUACUAAUGGUGUCGCGAGUGGAGUUACAAAUGGUGUCGCGAAUGGAGUUACUAAUGGUGUUACAAAUGGGGCGACUCAGAACACAGUAGCAUCGGCCUGAUAAGCCUCUUAUGCUUGUCUUUGUAAUGUUAUCUUUAUUUCAAAGAUGCUACUAUUGUAAUUCCAGAGUGAAUACAACUUGCUGAGUAUACUGCUAAGAGAGAACUUUCUUGUGCGUGAUUUAUACAAGUUUCAAUCAUAUUUAUAUAUAUACUAGUGGUGUACUUCUUUCCUUUGAA